AUGGACGCAAUCUAUAAGGAGAACCCGUCAAUCCAGCCUCCAUAUGUUAUUGACAACUGCAAGAAAAGCGGUGAAUCUGAUCUGUCAGUCGAAGAAACUACAAGCUUCGAAGGAAGUGGCGAGAAAUUUCCAUUGCCUUGCUAGAAAAGCACCUUGAAAUCAAGGAGGCUGAAAUGAAUAGUUCUAGUAGUGGGAAAAGUGGCAUUUCUCAACCCUCUUUCCCAUCUCUUAUCUAAUCCUCCAGUUUUUUAAGCUGUCCUUAGCUUAAUGUAGGUCCCUGCCAUGCAUGGAAAAAACCAGACUAGGAGAUUAAGGUGAGAAAUUCUCACCUUAAUCUCCCAGUUUGGUUUGGUUAUGCAAGUCCCUAUGCCACGUGAUAAUUAUGGUUAAAUUAAUUCCAAACGUGCCCAUCCUUUCCCAAGCAUUUGUAAUUUUUUUUUCCUUGCGAAAGCUGUAAAUGUGGGGCUGGCAGAUCCUUACAAAAAUUGUUGUAUUGGGUUUGAGUACAUGCCAUUGGAUUAUCUGUGAUAUGUUCCCCUCCGAUCUAUACUCUAGACAUAUUUACAAUGGAUGAAAGCAAGGAAGGUGUGACAGAGUCUGAAGGAGGAUCAAUGUCAGGUAGCACUGUUGAAAGCAAGGAAAGUCUGUCAGAGUCUGAGGGAGGAUCAACAUGUGACAGUACUGUUGACAACAACAGAAAGAGAGGCAAGAAAAUAACAGGAUCCAAAACAGACAAAUCAAAGAAAAAGACAAAACUUGAAAAGUCUCUAGAUGCCAUAUGUGCAAACUUCAUGGAAGUGUCACAAGCUGAUGUUAAAAGGUAG